GAUGCACGAGCUGUCUGUGGUGGUGAGGCACCUCCAGAGCCCCUUCAAGGCAGAGCUGCAACACCGCAUUUCUCACUCCUUUCCUCCUGUGAAAAUCUGCUCAGGAAUGUUGGUGUGUUGUGCUUUGCCACUGAAAUAUGCAGAGAUUCCCUUGCCAGGGAAUGGCAUCUGCUACAGCUCCUUCAAAAUGUGUGUUUGCAAUUCUCCUUUUUGUGUUUUUGUUUUGUUUUUUUAUUAAUAUAAUGAUACAUCAAGUUUGAUGGUUUCCUUGCUUACUUUUUAAAUUGUUAUUGCUUAAAACAAACACUUUUUUCUAACUGACAUCAAAGCCACGUAAAAUCUUGCUGUAACAAGUGUUUCUGGUCAAGCUGACCAGCUUACCUCACUAAUUUGUUAUGUGUCCAGCCCCUCAUUAAAGAAGAUAAAUCAGCUUCUUGCCUCAUACAACUUGGGGGAAAAAGCCCCAAACAAUCAGCAGAAUGUAGACUAAAAAAGCCAACUGCUGAAAGUAUUGAAGUGAGAUGAGACUUUCCUGGCCAUUAAUCUGCCUGGAUGUAUACAGAGGAGGUUGAUCUUGUGUGGAUGCACGUGCUGCUUGGACCAAAGGUGGCUUUGAGGAAAGACUGAUGUGUUUGAGUCAAAUACUGAGGAAACCCUGGGCUGAAGUAGAAGGAGUAGAAUUUAUUUUAGACCAGUGGGAGUUGCUGCAGUGGGAAAGAGAUGGAGAAACUUGUUUUUAAAAUGUCACACAGGGCACAACCAGGGCAGAGUUCUCCUUUCCCCUGGUGGAAAAAGAAAUGCAAUGCAAUGAAAGUAUGCUCUAAAAAAAUAAUAUUGAAUGAAAUAAAUAAGGGUUCUGUACCUUUUCCCCUUCUCUUUCAACUGACCUUUUGUCUUUCUCUGUCCUCUUGUUUCCUUUCUCUGUCCUUUAUUUCUAGCAAGACUGAGGACUGGGGCUAUCUCAAUGAAGAUGGAGAGCUCGGCUUGGCUUAUCAAGGUUUAAAGCAAGUUGCCAGGUUGCUGGAAGCACAGCUCCAGGAGCAGAGAAGGGAGCAUGAGGAGGAGAUGGAAGCUCUGAAAAACCAGGUGGAUUUCAUGCAAGAGGAGCUGGAGAAGCAGCAGCAGGCAUUCCUGCAAACUCUGCAGCUCUCUCCAGAGGUCCAGGUGGAGUUUGGACUUCAGCAAGAAAUUACACGUCUGACCAAUGAAAACCUGGAUCUUAAAGAAUUGCUGGAAAAGUCGGAAAAGAAUGAAAAGAAGCUGAAGAAGCAGCUGAAGAUUUACAUGAAGAAGGUCCAUGAUUUUGAAGCAUCCCAGACAAUGGUGCCAGUGGAGAGGAGGCUGCACGAGCGGAACAUGCAGGUUGCUGUCCAGAGGAAGGAGAAGGAUUUUCAGGGCAUGCUGGAAUAUUACAAAGAAGAUGAGCCACUCCUCAUCCGAAACCUCAUUACAGAGCUCAAGCCCCAGGCAGUGUCUGCUACUGUUCCCUGCCUUCCUGCUUACAUCCUCUACAUGUGCCUCAGACACACAGACUACAUCAAUGAUGACCAGAAGGUGCACUCCUUGCUCACCUCCACCAUCAACGGUGUUAAGAAAGUGCUGAAGGCAGGUGUCCAUUUGCUCUUGUCUUGGGGCUGAGAGGCUGUCAGAUGGUAACAACCGUGUGUGACAAGUGUGUGACACUCAACUCCCACAGUGAUUUUCAAGCCAAUUUGCUCUUAGAGCCUCCCUUUUCAGAAGAGCGAGGGGGAUUGUGAGCUUAGCAAUAAAAUUGUUUGAAAUGAGAAGUUAAAAAAAAAA